AUGCUGGGGGGAACCAUCUUCGCAUCAGGCGCCGCUGUCGUUGACCAUGUUCUCUCCGAGCAGCUUUUCCAAAUUGUUGAAGAAGAGGUGUUUCGGUUGAUAGACAUAUUCGAUGCGGGCUAUGAGCUCCCGAGCAGGGCAAACGCACUGUCCUCAGGUACCUUUUGGAUGCCUAUCGAGCGCGCCGAAGAGCCUCGCUGCGCAAUUGAGUACGUCAUAUCUAAAAUGUACUCAUCGGGCGAACUCUUCCAACGCAUUGGCGUAAAAGGUAUGCAUUUUUCUGGAGUGGAGUGGUGGUUCCAGGACGUAUCGGACGGUGAACAACCAAAAACCUUUCACACUGACUGUGAUUUGCAAACUGAAGUCGAUAGGGAUGGCGUUCUAACAAGGAAAAGAAGGAAUCCGAGCAUCGGAAGUGUGCUUUACUUGUCAAGAGAGGGUGGAGCCACGGUCGCUUUUGGUCAAAGAAGGAACAUUAGCAUUGGCUCGGCAGCACUGUGUCCAAGGCUUCCGCAAGAACUUGUCGUGGUACAUCCACGUCAAAACCGACUCUUCAUGUUCGAUGGAGACCUUUUCCAUGCUGUGAUGCAUCCACAGCAUCCGGCGAUCAUGAGAGGUCAGCGGGUAACAUUACUCAUGAAUUGGUGGGUGGAUAAGCCGUAUAGUCCAGUCGCCAUUCCUAAAUCAAUUUUGACAACACUUGAAUUGGAGAGAUGUUCGCGACCAGAGACGUUUCGUCCAUCUCUCAAAGGAACUGCGCGUUCGGCUCGAUCAUAUCACGGAUGCAGAAAAUUACGCACGAGGCGUAACUUUUUUGAGGAUCUCAACGAUUGGCAAGCCCAGAAAUUGCCGCAAACUUUGGGCAAAUUUGGUCACCAAAGGGCCGUGCUCCUAAAGUACUCCAGAGAGCUUUCAUGCGAGAUGAAACGCGACUUCCGUGAUUGUGGACCAUCAAUCGAAGGCGAUGCAUCCGAUUGGCCUCAAUGGAACAUUUCCAAAGCCGAGAAUCCAUCGUGA